AUGGCGAUCCCAUCUCGCCCAGGACUCCUGACAACUACAGUGUAUCCGGUGCAACGAGUCGCAGUCUACAACCAGCACUUUGCUACAAAUCCGUCACUUCAGAUUUGGCUGGCUAGACUCAAGAACCCCUGCCAAGACUCACCAAGCAUGCACCUGAGUUCCUUCCUACUUGUGGCAGUGGUCACCCUGGUGGCAACCUCCACCAGCCUUGCGACUGCCGAAGACUCCGUAAUUAUUAAGAACGCAGCUGCUGAUUCGAACCGCGUUCUGAGCAGCAUCGACAACGAAGAACAAGCGUAUUAUCUUCCUGGAUUGAAAACCCUCAAGUCGGCGUUCGGCAAGAAGUGGACGAAGUUGACCGAGGCGCUCAAGAAGAAGAUUAACCCGCCAAGCGACGGGUACAAGAAGAAGGUGAAGAAUAAGCGGCUUCGCGAUGAGAACAACUUCAUCCGCCGCUAG